GCUGAGUUCCAGAAACUGAGACGAGAUCUGGAAGAAUCCACCCUUCACCAUGAAGCCACCUCUGCUGCCUUGCGCAAAAAGCAUGCUGACAGUGUGGCUGAACUUGGAGAACAGAUUGACAAUCUCCAGAGAGUUAAACAGAAACUGGAGAAGGAGAAGAGUGAACUAAAGAUGGAAAUUGAUGACCUUGCCAGCAACUUGGAGAAUGUCUCAAAAUCAAAGGCCAACCUUGAGAAAGUGAGUCGUGUUCUUGAGGAUCAGCUCAGUGAAAUCAAGACCAAAGAUGACGAGCACCAACGUGUUAUCAAUGACCUUACAGCCCAAAGAGCCCGUCUGCAAACUGAA